AUGAAGUCCUCCGGAAUUGUUGCUCUCGCUGCCCUGCUUCCCUUAGCGCUUGCUAAGCCUCCCUCGCCUUCGCCUGGCAUGGAGGAGCGGUGCAAGCAAAUGGGCGACGAUCAGACGCUCGAGUACAGCGAGAAACAGAAAAGAUGGAUCUGCGUGACGUCGGGACAGUCGGAUAUCUGCGGCACUGGCCAGGACCAGUCGACGUGGCAUAAGGAUCCCAUAACGGGUGACUAUGGGUGCUGUGACAAGGGCGAGGAGUGGGUUGUGGAUGAGAAGAAUAAGAGGCAGGGCUCUUGCUGCCCCAAGGGCGCUAUUUACAGCUUUAAUGCUGCUGCUGGUGAAGGCGCCUGCUGCGACCAGGGACAGGUCUUUAAGAGUGGAUCUUGUACUGCCCCUGGGGAUAGUGGCAAGUGCUUGGAAGAAGUCCCCUCUGGAACUUGCGGAGCCUACCUCAAGGAUGCCAGGCUGGAGAGCCUGCUUCGGACCCUGCUGGUGCCGUGCUUCCCCUAUGGCCAGGAGACCUUGAACAUAUUCAUUGAAUACUAUAUCUCCAUUCUCCAUGGCGGUCUUGAUAUUAUCGAGAUCAUCUACAAGAACGGCUGCGAUGAUCCGCAGCCUUCUCCUCCCAGCCCCAAGCCGAAGCGUCACCCGUGGUGGAACUGCGGCGACAAGGAGCCCUGUAGAUGGAUUUCCCUGGAAACCAACGACGCGAAGAAGACGCUUGCGGCGACUGGCACCACUACGAAAGCCCAAUUACCUAACCCGAACAGAUUCGUUCCGGACUACGAGUACCCCUUCAAUGUGUGGUUAACCAAGUCCCCUGACGAUGACCUGGAUGUCUACAUCAAGGGCAAAAAGAUCCAACCUCAAGCGUCGGGGACGAGCUAUUUGAUUCCCGGUGGUACCAAGGCUACGGACGUCAAGUAUUCCUCCUCCACCGGGUUACAGGUCAACUUCUACGGCCAAUGCACUGAAAACACCCCGUGCAUCGGCAAGAGCGUGGAACCGUGGACCGUCAAAUCCGUGGUGGCGCCGCCCGGAAAGGACGAGCUCGAGAUAGAUGUCAGCAAGUACGACUUCGACUUCAUCUUUACCAUGACGGACACCUCUAUCACCACCGAGCAGUACACCGUGUACGCCGACGGCAAGAAGGUCGGCAUGACCCAUGGCCGACUGACGCUGGGCGACAAGUACAACACCGACCACAUCAACGUCCAGCAGAAUGGAAACGCUCCGUAUGUCAUUGCCAAUGACGGCUUCUGGGGAUCGUACCUGAUCCCGAAGGACACCGAAAAGAUCACGGUGAAGAUGACCGAUUACGAGGUGGCCGGGUAUCCCUGGUAUGAGUGGCAAUACCGCAUUGACAGGCUCUGUGAUUGCUAG